AGCCAAUUGUGCGCCGCCCUAUGGCUUUUGGGAAAAAGCAAGCUGCAAUCCAGGGCACGAAGGAAUUCUUAACAGCACACUAUAUCAAGCAACUUGAACAACCACUACGUUUUGGGUUCCUGCUGUUUAGAGUUUCUGCCUCUGUGGUGAAAAGGAAGCUUGUAAGUCUAGUUGACGAGGAGACCACACAAUGAAAUCCAUGAAUGAAAGCACGCUUGUGAAAUCUCCCCAAGAAGAGGGAAGGGGAGCACAUUCCAUCUGACCUGUUUGCAGUGAAGAGCAGUAUGAUGUGCAUUGAGUGGUAAACUGCCCUGGCCAGACAAUAAAACGCGGUCAUCUUUUCGCAAGCAAUUUGUUGAACACAAUACAUCUGCUUAUACUUGCCAAUUGUUUAGCGAUGUUGCUCGAAUUUCUGUGAAUACAGGAAGAACAAUGGCCAGGAUCAUUGACUGACUGACUGGCUACCCUCUGAGAUUGAUGAAAUAAUUUAACAGUGAAACAUACAGAAUGUACCCAAUCUAGUGGAAUGAUGUCUAGUUGAUGGCAUCGUUGUGUGGAUGAAAAGACCUUACAGAAGACUGGAGUGCUUUUGAUGUAUCUCCUGCGUGUGCCAAUUGAUGACAAUGGAGGAUAAAAAUGUAAUGUAUAUGGAAGCUAGUCUGGGAGGAACGAUUCUCAUCCCCAUCUUGCCAAGGAAAGUGUCGAGAAGGAGGAAAGGUUUCAAAUAAUAACUAUUUCCGAAAGCCCGCUCCAAACGGAAAGGGGGGGGGGGGGCUGUAUGUGCCACAUAACAGCUGGGGGCACAUCCCACAACAAUGAAGAUUGUAGCACCAUUUUCAAAUUCCCACCACACCAACAUGCAGAGUUGAGUGUCCCUCUCCCCCCACUCCGGAGUCACCAUGAGCUGGAGUUUCCUGACGCGUCUCUUGGAUGAGAUCUCCAACCAUUCCACCUUUGUGGGAAAGAUCUGGCUCACGCUGCUCAUCGUCUUCCGCAUUGUGUUGACGGCUGUAGGAGGCGAAUCCAUCUACUACGAUGAACAGAGCAAGUUUGUGUGCAAUACGCACCAGCCCGGUUGCGAAAAUGUGUGCUACGACGCUUUUGCGCCGCUCUCGCACAUCCGUUUCUGGGUCUUCCAGGUGAUCAUGAUCACCACCCCCACCGUCAUGUACCUGGGCUUUGCCAUGCACAAGAUUGCCCGCAUGGACGAUGAGGAAUACAGGCCCCGUGGUAGGAGAAUGCCCAUGGUGAGCCUAGGGACCAACCGGAACUACGAGGAGGCGGAGGAUAAUGGUGAGGAGGAUCCCAUGAUCUCGGAGGAGAUUGAGGUGGAGAAGAAGAAAGAGGAGAAGCCCAUCAAGAAGCAUGACGGGCGCCGGCGCAUCAAGCGCAAUGGCCUCAUGAAGGUGUACAUUUUCCAGCUGUUGUCGCGUGCUGCUUUCGAGGUCUCCUUCCUGUUCGGCCAGUAUAUCCUCUACGGCCUGAAGGUGUCUGCCUCGUACGUGUGCAAACGCUCCCCCUGCCCGCACACGGUGGACUGCUUUGUGUCACGCCCCACAGAGAAGACCAUCUUUUUGCUCAUCAUGUACGGGGUGAGUGCCCUCUGUCUGCUCUUCACCUUGCUGGAGAUCCUCCACCUGGGCUAUAGCGGCAUCCGGGACUGUCUCUGCCGCCCUCGUCCCCCAAUUCCCCACCAACUGGCUAGCCAGCGUCCCACACUAUGUGGCCACCGGGUCCCCACAGCUCCUCCGGGCUACAACACAGCUCUGAAGAAGGACCCCAAGGGCAUGCGGUUGGACUACAACCUGGGCGACUCGGGCCGCGAGUCGUUUGGGGACGAGACUUCACAGCGGGAGCUGGAGAGGCUGAGGAGGCACCUGAAGCUGGCCCAGCAGCACCUGGACCUGGCCCACCUGAACGAGGACAACCGCAGUCCGUCGCGGAGCAGCAGCCCCGAGUCCAAUGGGACGGCCGUGGAGCAGAACCGCCUCAACUUUGCCCAGGAGAAGCAGAGCAGCACCUGCGAGAAAGGUUUGCGAGCCUAACUCCUUCAUUUGCCCACCUGGCCCUCUAAUGAUAUAUUCUCGCAUCUGGGACAGUGGGGGUAUGAGGGAGCAUUGUGUGGGAACAGGUGUUGUGUAUAUGUGACUCGAGAAGGAUUAAUUGGUCUGCCUUUCAGUAUUGAGGCCAGUGAACGCUCAACUGAAACAUGCCAAACUCAACGAGCAGGCUCUUCCUACCCAGCUACACUUGACCAUGUCUGAAGAUCCAAAGUGACCCAACUGUUUUCAGAACAUGCCUAUUAGUAUCUCAGGGCAGCUGUGCUGUUUUGUUGAACUUCCUUUAGUAGUUUGUAGUUAUUCCUCUUUGCUGGAGUUUAGAGGGGUCCAUCUCAAGUUGGCCUUGAACCUAAAACUGUAGUUUAAAUUUCAGCCAUUCCAAGAGGGAAUGGAAAGUGUGUCACAAAACCAUGUCAAUUUUUUGGGGGGUGUGUUUUGUGAGGAAUAAGAAACCACAGUGAGUCUGUUUGAACUGGUAUGGUAAUAGACAGGGCUCUCUGCUGUUGAGCAGAAGAAAAGGUACUAAGUGGCCAAUUCAGAGGGUGUUGGUGAUAUUAUGCAGUGAAUAACUGUCUUCCAUGUGCAACAGCUUACAAUUAGUAAAUGGUUAAAACAAUGUGUUAUAACCACCAGUCAUAACUGUUAUAUUCGAGUUGUAGCACACCAACAGCAAUACGUAGUUUGCAGAAAUAACUUACUUUGAUCAUGACCCCCCAAAAAAAUCUGAUGCCAAGUCUGGGAACUGGAAGCCUUUUUUGGCACCUUUGUCCAAAGGAUCAAAAACCUGGGUAAUGCUUGAAUUCAUGUACAUUAUCUUGUAUGUUUAUGUAACACAUGCUUUUGAUACUGUUCUUUCAUUUAGUUUUAUAUGGUAAAUGUUUGGAUGAUAUUGACACUUGGAAGUGCAAAAUGAAGCCUUUAAGGCAGUGGUAUUCAAAGUUGUGGUCAAGCCCAAAUAGUUUUGAACACAUUUUUGUAUGGGACAAUAAACAUUUUGAGAAAGAUAAUUAGAAAAAAAAUUGUGUUCGGUAAAUGUAUCUAUUGGGUUCUUCAUUUUGAUAAGAGAUUAAAACGUAAUGAAUUGAAGGUUAUUUGUUGAUGUAAAGAUAAAAGGAUUUUUUUUUUUGUGAAUUUCUAAGGUUGUCAUUAGAUUCGGGUACCGCAAAAAAAUGUUUGAAUACCACUGCUUUAAGGCCACUGUGACCAACUAGUAACAAGUAUGAAGUUCCCUGCUUGGCGGGGGGGGGGGGGGGGGGGGUCUAGGUCCGGUUAACUAAGCAUUUCUUCUGUCGAAUAGCAUUUUCAGAAAGCAAGUCAAUUGCCCCCCAACUCGGGGUUAUAUUUUUUAUACAUUGUGUGUUUCCCCUCAAAUUUGGAUCUGUAUAUUUGUGGCUUUGUUACUUCUCUACACAUUUCAAAAUCUUACGCUCGGUUCAGUGUUCAUUGAGGCAGUGAGUACGUUUACAUGCACACUAAUAAUUCGAUGUUCAACUUAUAAUAGUCAUGUAAACACUACUCUCAUCUUGAAUCGGUGUAAUGUUAAAAUCGAAGUAAGCAUACGUUGAUUAAAACACCCGGUUUUCUGAAAUCUGUAGAAUUAAGAUGGCUGAUUCGGCGUUCCAGCUGUGUAUUUGAUCUGCCAUGUGCCAGUAGUGCAAGCCUCCCUCUUAUCUGCAAGUGAGUUCGGAAAAACUGAAGGUAUGCAUCUUAGAAAUAGUUCACAUACAAACGUUAUAUGUCCGAACUCAGAAUCAAAUAGGUGUCUCACAUAACAUGGUCAAACGUUUAUUUUGAUGGUUUUCUGCAUUUAUUUAAGUCCCAUUAGGUAGCCCGGUUACAUACGUGAAAAUGAUUAUUAGGGAAAUUGUUCUUGCAGAGCUUUUAAACAAACAAUUCUAUAUUAAUCUGGUUAUGCACAAACCGUAUUGUGUGCAUGUUACUGUACUCUGAUGCAAAUCAAAUUCAAAAGCCUUAAACUGUUAAGAAUGACCUCCAUGCUCCCGUCUGUUUUAUCUUUUAACAGUUAAAACAACCCAAUGCCUUGAACAUGAUCAUCUAUAAUGCAACCGUUCAUGUUAUCUUUUGAAGGUUAAAAUGACCCAAUGCCUUGAAUGUGAUCUGAUGCUGUCAGUGCACUCUAACAGCAGUGCCAUGUAGUGUAAACUCAUCUCAAAACUAUUUUUUUAUACUUGCUUUAGUACUUUUUUUUAUUUCUUAAACUUUUUCAAAUAAAUUCAUGUCUACCUUGAGUAUCUGCAAAUUGUAUGUAAUGCAAUGUGUUGGCUGGUGUAUAUUAGGAAUGUACAUUUUCGGUCUACAAUAUAACACUGAAUUGUGCCAGCAAAAUCUCUUGGCACUCACAGGAUUUGCAGCUGGAUUGAUUUUGUAAUUAGUGUGAGGGGCUGUGCUUAUUUGAUCACAUCGAUGCAAUUCCUGGCUGCAGUGUUCCAAACAUGUGCUUGGUUUGAAUGAAAUAUUUAAUUACAUUUACCAAUGAUCCCUCC